AGGAGAAAGAAUCCCGGGGCGCGGCGGGAGAUAACCAAGGACUCUUUUUUGCUCUUCUCACACCUUUGAAGUGGGGGCCUCUUGAGGCAAAUCAGCAAGAAUGUGGCUCGUGCAGCAGAGGAUCUGGGGGGCUGCGGGAGCGGCCCGAGGCGCAGGGGCCGUGACAGCGCUGCUGGCUGAUAACUUUAAAAGGGCAUCUUCGGCGGGCUCCUCACUCUGCCGCUUUAUCACUGCAAGUGACAGAAUGGGGAGGUUCUGGCCCUGCUGCAUGCUCAGACGGCAGGGGCUAUAAAAACGGGAGGCGCUGGGCAGCAGAGACAGUGACGGAUGCAGGCCAAGGAAGGGGAGCCAGAGAGGAGGGAGAAGAGGCAGCAAGCACCCCACCGCCCCUCGACCGCCACCAGCAUGGGAUCCUUCUCCGCCGUCGCCGUGAGCCUCCUCCUCUUCCUGCUGUUCCAGCUUCCAGGCCAAGCAGGAGCCAAGCCUGUGUACAGCGCCGUGUCCAGCGCAGACCUGGCGGAAUUCAAGAAUUUGCUAGAGCGUUUGGAGGAGAAGAUGCCUUUAGAAAGUGAGGUUCCCUUGCGAGUCCGAGGCGAGCAGAAUGAAGAAGCAGGGCCAGAUGUCCCUGAGGAGGCUUCCUGGACCGGGGAGGUCAGCCCAGACCAGGGAGAUGGGGCUGGCCCCGGGCCGGACCCCUGGGACUCUGCUGAUCGCUCUGCCCUCUUGAGAAACAAGCCGACGGCCCCUCGGAGCCUGCCGAGAUCCAGCUGCUUCGGGGGAAGGAUGGACAGGAUUGGAGCCCACAGUGGCCUGGGCUGUAACAGCUUCCGGGUAAGAAGAUCUGGAGUUGGGAACAGGAUGGGAAGAAGAUGGGGUCGCAUUGCCAUAGCAGUACUAGCAGGGGACUUCUACAGGAAGGGGACCAGUGAGAAGAUAACUCCUUCUGAGUUUCUACCCCGACUUGGGGGGUGCCCCACAAGUCUCAGAACAAUGUCAUCACACUCAGCUGUAGCCUGCUGGAAAAAUGCUUUAAAAAAAAAAGUUACUACCACAGCAUUGAACAAUUAAAAUACAGGGUGAAGUCCCCUUUGCUCUGCUAAUUAGCAAUUCGUGUUCUUUCCAGAACUGCAAGAUCCUGCGGGAGCUAGGUGACAAUGACAAGGAUUGCUCCUCUGAGUUCAAUGGAACUCAGAGAUCACUAAGCUGGAGGGGGCACGGGGGCGGGGGAGUAGCUGCCCGAAGGUCAAGUAAAAGGUUUGACACUGUCCUAUGAUGCUGACCCUCUAGUAGAGCCAGAUCGCCAAGCCGAAUGUCU